AUGAAUGAGGGUGUGAUGCUCUGAAUCGGGUAACUUUGCCGCAAGAGUUGCGCUUAUGGAGGAGGAGGAGCGCAGUGAGAAGCAGGUGCUUGUUCUUGGGUUGGAUGGCGCUGGUAAGAGCAGCGUUCUGCAGGGGCUGAGCGGAGCGGGCUCCAGGAAGGGCUGCCGACCCACACGCGGCUUCAACUUCAUCAGCCUACACACACCUGCAUGCCAGCUGGACUUCUUGGAAAUUGGAGGUGGUGAAGACUUGCGAAUGUACUGGGUGGAUUACCUAAGGAGAACACAUAUCUUGGUGUACGUGGUGGACUCCUCUGAUAGAGGCCGGCUCCCUCAGGCCAAAGACGAGCUCCAUCGAUUACUUAAAGCAGACACUGAUCUACCAGUGGUGGUCUUGGGAAACAAGCAGGAUAAGCCCGAUGCUGUUAGCGUCCCAGAGCUGCGUGAGGCUCUCUCACUGAGCUCAGUGGCUGAUCAGAGGAAGCUUUUCCUGCUGGCUUCUCAGUCAGGAUCUGACGGAUUAAGCAGAACCUGUAGCCUCCAAAAGUUCCAAGACCUGCUUCUGACAUUGGUAUGAAACCAAGCUGCCAUUUGAAGGUUGGCACUACUGUGCCAGAAAGGACAGGCAAAGGGAUCUUGAGGAAUGAGGGAGCAUUCGAUGUAUUGGUUUCAUCCUUGAAUCGUGCGAGGAGUAAGGAGCACUUGCGUCAUGGCAAAGCUACUGUUGUGACACUGAAGGAGUUGAACAAACACUUUUUUUUUCAAAAUGAGUACUGUGGACAUUAUUGCUGCUAGUUACAAUGUACAAUAUCUCAUUUGUCAUUAAUAGGAUUAUUAUAUUCAGUAUUACAAAGAGCACAUUUCAUUAUGCUUUAUCUCUGCAUGUGGAGUCAACUUGGCGAAUCACAGAAAGAAACAGGAAAUUGUAUUUUGCUUGAGAAUGAAUGUUCCUUGUCCAUGUUUCACAUAUAUCCUUCCUUUGAUCUAUCCAUCCAUAUAUAUAUAUAUAUAUAUAUGGGGCAUUCUACAGAAUUGGUCCAAAGUCAG